AUGGUCGACUUCGGGACUGCCGUUGGCAUCGUGGCAAGUGUCCUUGGCAUCCUCACAGCUUGCAUCACGGCAUACCUUUCGAAGGUCCAAGCCGACGGACUUGUGCAGGAGGUCUUUUUCGCGACAACUAGCCACAACAUCGCCGACAUCGAGUUGGAUGUCAUGGAGCUCCACGGGGUGCUAUACCAGGAACGCCCUUGGUUUAAACGUCUGGCUUUCUGGGUGACAACGUGGAUAAACGUGCGCAUAUACUGCCGUAAUCUGAAGCAAAUCCAAGCCGACAUCGCUCUUCACGCGUCCACGUUCCGUAGAGAGAAGGAGCGCUCGCUGCAAGCUCUUAAGAGCGAAGCGUCUGCACACGUGAAGUCGGAAGAUCUCGACGACGACGCGAAACUCCCAACGUUUCCCCUUGGAGAUGCCGUACUCGAUCAGCUCGAAUGCCGGUACUCUCGCCUCGUCGCCUCCUUCGAAGCAUAG